AGGCUGGCUGGCUGGCACGGGCGCUGCGCUCUGGCUACCCAAUGCGUGGAUUAUCCGCAGCCGCUGCCCGUGCAAUAUGCUGGAGCGCCCGAGCAGCUGAACGGAGUCGCCGCCACACCGCUGCCUGGGCUGGAUCUCAGCGUUGCUUUUCCUUAUGAAGAAGACACAAACUUGGAUUAUCACUUGCAUUUAUCUUCAACUGCUCCUAUUUAAUCUUCUUGUCAAAACUAAAGGGAUCUGUGAGAACAGUGUGACUGAUGAUGUGAAAGACAUCAGAAAGCUGGUGGCUAAUCUUCCAAAAGACUAUUUGAUAAACCUCAAAUAUGUCCCCGGGAUGGAGGUUUUGCCUAGUCAUUGUUGGAUAAGAGAAAUGGUGGUGCAAUUGUCAGAGAGCUUGACUAACCUUCUGGAGAAGUUUUCAAAUAUUUCUGAAGGCCUGAGUAAUUAUUCUAUCAUCGACAAACUUAUAAAAAUUGUGGACGACCUUGUGCUGUGUAUGAAUAGGUCCUCAUUUAAGAAUGUAAAGAAAUCAUUGAAGAUCUCAGAAACCAAGCAAUUUACUCCUGCAGAUUUCUUUAGAAUUUUUAAUAUAUCCAUCGAUGCCUUCAAGGACUUGGAGAUGGGGCCAUUUAAAGCUAGUGAAUGUGUGUUCUCCUCAACAUCAAGUCCUGAAAAAGAUUCCAGAGUCAGUGUCACAAAACCAUUUAUGUUACCCCCUGUUGCAGCCAGCUCCCUUAGGAAUGACAGCAGUAGCAGUAAUAGGCAGGGAUCAAAUUUCUCAGAAGACUCCAACCUACAAUGGGCAACCAUGGUUUUGCCAGCAUUCUUUUCUCUUCUGAUUGGCUUUGCUUUUGGAGCUUUAUACUGGAAGAAGAAACAACCAAAUCUUACAAGGACAGUUGAGAAUAUACAGAUUCACGAAGAGGAUAAUGAGAUAAGUAUGUUGCAAGAAAAAGAGAGAGAGUUUCAAGAAGUGUAAUUGUGGCUUUUAUCAACACUGUUGCUUUCGUGCAUUGGCAGUAACAGUUCAUGUUUGCUUCAUAAAUGAAGCCGCUUUAAACCAAUUCAUAUUCUGUCUGGAGUGACAGACCACAUCUUCUCUUCGUGCUACCCAUGACUGUAUUUGGAUGAUUCAGAAAUUGGAACCAAGUGUUUUACUGUGAAACUGGCACUGAAUUCAUCAUCUAAAAAGAAGACUUUGCAUGGAGCAGACUCUGUUUUAAGGAUCUGGGGAACUUGUGUCAUUUCCAAGUUGCCACUGAUGCUGGUAGAGAAAGCCUGUGUUGCUGACUGCACGCACCAUUUUGCAUGCCUCCAGAAAUGUCUAAUUGCUGAAAAACAAAACAAACAACA